UUAAAUAAUUAAAAAAUAAAUUUUAAUUAGGUUUAGGGGGAAAAAGCAAAUUCAUGCCUCAGUUGAGUUGACUUUUUUUUAUAAAACUAACAGGUGAUUUUUGCGGAUAGCUAGUGCUUUUCAUCCUCUCAGCCUGACUUUUAAGCUCGCCCUUUGGCUCUUUUCUUUGUAUUCAGCCAUUUGCAUCUCGUUGACCAUUCUGGUUCAUGCCUGAAGCUUCAGGUUCACACAAGAUGGCAGAGGCAAUUCCAUUUGGUGUAGCUACUGAGAUACUGACCAAGCUGGGCUCUUCUCUCUUCCAAGAAAUCGGGUCUUUGUAUGGUGUGAAAAAGGACUUGCAGGAGCUUGAGAACACGCUUUCCACCAUCAAAGCCGCUCUUCUUGAUGCUGAGGAGAGACAAGAAAAGAGCCAUUUGGUGCAAGACUGGAUAAGAAAGCUUAAAGAUGUUGUCUUUGAUGCUGAUGACUUGCUGGAUGCAGCUGCAACCAGAGCUUCACAGCUUCAGGUGGAGACUCAUGGUUGGAAAAUCGAAAAGGUAUCUCCAAAUUCAAUCGCUUUUAGAGGCAAAAUUAGCCGUAAAAUUAAGAACAUCAGAGGGAGAUUAGAUAGAAUUGCAGAAGAUAUGGGUAGGUUCAAUUUCAGGGAGAGAGUCGUAAACUUGCAAGUUGGGAAUAGGGAGAGGGGGCAAACUCACUCUUUUGUUCUGACUUCAGAAGUUGUUGGUAGAGAUAAGAAUAAAGAGGAAAUUAUAGAAUUGCUUAUGUCCUCUGGCAAGCAGGAAAAUUGUUCCAUUAUUCCAGUUGUUGGUAUUGGAGGUUUAGGUAAAACUACUCUUGCCCAAUUCGUUUAUAGUGAUGAAAGGGUGGUUAACUUUUUUGAAAAGAGGAUGUGGGUGUGUGUUACUGAAGAUUUUGAUGUAGAAAAGGUUGUUCGAAAAAUCUUAACUUCCAUGACAAAUGAUGAAGUGGGUAACUUAGAUAUGGAUCUGUUGCAAAUUCGCCUUCGAGAAAAAUUGAUUGAUAAGAGGUACCUUCUUGUUUUGGAUGAUAUGUGCAAUGAGAACCUUGAGAGAUGGAUCUGCUUGAAAAAUUUGUUAGUAGGUGGUGCUAAGGGGAGUAAGAUUCUUGUGACCACUCGAAGUAGAAAAGUUGCAUCUGUUAUGGGUGUGGAAUCCUCAUACUUGUUGAAAGGUCUAACUGAAGAAGAAUCUUGGACAUUGUUUAAGAAAGUUGCAUUUCCAGAGAGACAGGAGACAGUUGAUGCAAACCUGGAAGCAAUUGGUAAAAGAAUAAUUGAGAGGUGCAAAGGAGUCCCUCUAGCUGUAAAAACUUUGGGGAGUGUUAUGCAAUUCAAAACAGAGGGCAACAGCAUCUGUAAAGAUCAGUUGAUCCUGCUGUGGAUGGCACAAGGUUAUAUUCUAUCUUCAGGUGGAAAUCAGAAUUUAGAGGAAAUUGGUGAUCAAUAUUUCAAUGAUUUGCUGUUGAGAUCAUUUUUUCAAGAGGUUGAAAAAGAUGAUUGUGAUAACAUAAUAAGUUGCAAAAUGCAUGACCUGAUACAUGAUCUUGCACAAACUGUAGCAGGGACUGAUUGCUCAAUUUCAGGAAUUGAUGUUGAAAAUACAUCUGGAAGAGUACGCCAUUUGUCAUUUGAAGGGUCUCUAUACUAUGCAUGGGAAGUUCCAAGGCACUUAGGGAAGGUAAAGGGAUUGAGGACCUUCCUUUUACCUGUUAAUGAUCGUUGGAUAAAUGAAUCCAGUCAAGCCAUUCUUACUUCAAAUUUUAGACGAUUGCGUGUGUUGGACAUGCAUUGUUUAGGUAUUGAAAAGCUGCCAUGCUCCGUUGGUAAGUUGAAGCACUUGAGGUAUCUUGACAUCUCUGGUAAUAAUCUCAUAGAAAGACUUCCAGGUUCUAUUUGCAAUUUGCAGAACUUGCAAACUCUGCUGCUCUCACGUUGUGAAAGACUUGUAGAGCUGCCCAGGGACAUUAGAAAAUUGAUCAAUCUCAGACAUCUAGUGAUCAACAAAUGUCCUAGUUUGGCAUACAUGCCACCUGGACUGGGAGAAUUGACUUCUCUGCGGACAUUAUCAAGAUUCAUUGUGCCACGAGAUAAAGGGGCCGGGUUAGAUAGAGCAAAGCUUAAUGAACUUAAUGGCCUAAAUCUUCGCAAGGGUGAGAUAUGGUUUAAGAACCUUGAAUGCUUGACUGAUGCUGAUUCAGAAUCAAAGGAAGCAAACUUGAAGGAAAAGAAAUGCCUUCAGUUCCUAGGAUUACAAUGGAUCCCAACAGAGGCUGAUGUUAGUAAGAGUGAUGAAUCACUUUUGGAGAUCCUCCAACCUCAUCCAAAUCUGAAACAUUUAUGGGUGGAAGGAUAUGGUGGUGUAAAAUUUUCAAGUUGGCUUCCCUCACUUAGAAAUAUUGUUAGAAUUACCAUAAGAAAUUGUCCCAAAUGCCAGCAUCUCCCACCAUUGGAGCAUCUUCCAUCUCUCAGGUUUCUUCAUCUUCGCAAAUUAGCUGCUCUGGAAUACAUAGAAUAUGGUAUUAAUGAGAUCAUUUCUUCAUCACCACCAGAUACGGCUUUCUUUCCAUCACUAGCGGAGCUUUGGCUUUACAAUUUGCCUAAUUUCAAGGGAUGGAAACAGAGGGAAUUGAUUAAUGAGAAUGAUGGGACAGAAGCAUUAACAGCAAGCCACAAUCUAUAUCUGAAACACCUAUUUCCAUGCCUUACUCAAUUAACCAUUCAGAGGUGUUCCAAAAUGACUAUGAUGCCUUUCUUUUCUUGUCUGGAAUCUCUUCAUCUUAUCAAUUCUAGUAUGCUGGUGACAGCAUCAUCGACCUUCCCUACAUUUUUCUCCUCUUUAUCCGCCUUUUCAACUAUAGAGUUUCUGUUUAUUGAUAAAGAUGAAGAUCUUGAGUGUUUGCCAAAAGAAGGGCUGCAGAACCUCACUUCUCUCAAGAAAUUGCGGAUUAAAAAUUGUCCUAGACUAAAAUUUCUUUUACAAGGAAUCAAUUUUCUCACUCAACUCACAAGUCUGGAGAUCGGUGAAUGCAGCACGCUUGAUCUGUUUAAUGACAAUGGCAUCCAAUGGCAAGGCCUCAGGAGCCCGCGUCAUUUGAUUAUUGAUUAUCUUCCUUGACUUUUUGAUCUCCCAGAAAGGCUUCAGGAUGUUACUUCAUUGCAAGAACUCAGGAUUUUAAGUUGCUAUAAUCUAGUGGCUUUGCCUGAAUGGAUAAGGAACUUCUCAUUGCUUCAAGAACUUGAAAUUUCAGAUUGCUCUAGCCUACAAACACUACCUGAAGGGAUACGUGAGCUUGCCUCUUUACAGAAACUGAAGAUUGUCAAUGGUCCCAGCUUCUGCAGGCAAGGAUUAGUUUAAGAUUGUUCACAUCCCAGAGAUUGAAAUCCAAUGAAGAACAAUGUAAUCAAGGCAUUCUAUAUUCUCGCUGUUUGUAUAAAGUAUACUUUCACGCACCAACUUCUAGCUAUUUAUGUCUGCCUAAUUGUUUGAAAUGCUGAAGUAUCAGGUUUAUCAGUGCUAUUGAACUACAAA